CACUUCUAAAGGGGCGGAGUCAGCGGGAGCGACUCCUCCCCUCCUUCCUCGGCCCUCGCCCCACCAGGCUAGCGCCGGGCUUCUGUUUCCGUUGGGGAAGAGGGCGGGGAGCCACGGCGGCGGCCACGGCCACUUCCCGCCCUCGCCGACCCGCCUCACCUGGGAGAGAGAUGCUGGAGGAGGCGGCCGCUUGUCCUCGGGCUCCGGCGGCUCCCUCCUCACUCCGCCCCGCCCCUCCUGCCCGGGCCGGCCGGGAGCCCAGACUGCCGGUCCCGACUCCGCCGGGGCGCCGCGAGUGAGAGAGCAGGCCCCACCCGAGGAGCCCAGCAUGUGUUAAAAUGCACAUUUUAAAUAACGUCUAUCUUUGGACUACUCUGCUCUGCAAACUUGGGUCAUGAAGGUGAUGGGAAGAAUUUAUCUUUGGAUCUUGAUUUCACUAUUUCAUUUGAUAGUGUUUGCUGCAGAACAUGAAGAUGUAGCAAAACAUGCUAUAAAGUUGCAUCGGGGGAAAGGAGCAGCUAUUACUCAGAGAAAACAAUGGGUUCUAGACAACUGUAGAAAACUAUCUGGGCUUCUUCGACAAAAGAAUGUGGUUCUUAACAAACUAAAAAAUGCAAUAAGAGCAGUGGAAAAGAAUUCUGGACUGUCAGAUGAAGAAAAACUCUUUCAGGUGCACACAUUUGAAAUUUUCCAAAAGGAAUUGAAUGAAAGUGAGAAUUCAGUCUUUCAAGCUAUCCAUGGACUCCAAAGAGCCCUGCAAGGAGAUUACAAAGAUGUUGUGAACAUGAAAGAAAGUAGUAGACAGAGACUGGAGGCUUUGAGGGAAGCUGCAAUAAAGGAAGAAACGGAGUAUGUUGAGCUUUUGGCAGCAGAAAAGCAUCAAGUUGAAGCCCUUAAAAAUAUGCAACAUCAGAACAAAAGUCUUUCCAUGCUUGAUGAAAUUCUUGAAGAUGUAAAAAAGGCAGCAGAUCGUUUAGAGGAAGAAAUAGAGGAACAUGCUUUUGAUGACAAUAAGUCAGUAAGAGGGGUCAAUUUCGAGGCAGUUUUGAGAGUAGAAGAGGAGGAGGCCAAUUCUAAGAGAAAUGUUUCAAAACAUGAAGUAGAAGAUAACUUGGGUCUUAGUAUGCUCAUUGACUCCCAAAACAAUCAGUAUAUAUUGACUAAGCCCAGAGAUUCAACAAUCCCUCGAGCAGAUCAUCACUUUAUAAAGGAUAUUGUUACCAUAGGAAUGUUAUCUUUGCCAUGUGGUUGGCUGUGCACAACGAUAGGAUUGCCAACAAUGUUUGGUUACAUUAUUUGUGGCGUAUUACUGGGGCCUUCAGGACUAAACAGUAUUAAGUCUAUUGUGCAAGUGGAGACAUUAGGAGAAUUUGGUGUGUUCUUUACUCUGUUCCUUGUUGGCUUGGAGUUUUCUCCAGAAAAGUUGAGAAAGGUAUGGAAGAUCUCCUUGCAAGGCUCAUGCUAUAUGACAUUCCUAAUGAUUUCAUUUGGCUUAUUGUGGGGACACUUUUUACAAAUCAGACCAACACAAAGUGUUUUUAUUUCUACUUGUUUGUCCUUAUCAAGCACACCCUUGGUGUCCAGGUUCCUUGUUGGUAGUGCCCGAGGUGAUAAAGAAGGUGACAUUGACUACAGCAGCGUGCUUCUUGGCAUGCUAGUAACGCAAGAUGUACAGCUUGGAUUAUUCAUAGCUAUUAUGCCAACUCUUAUACAAGCAGGAGCUAAUACAUAUUCCAGCAUUUUCCUGGAAAUACUGAGAAUACUGAUACUGAUUGGUCAAAUCCUCGUUUCUCUGGUUACUGUUUUUCUUAUAUGUCUUGUUAUAAAGACUUAUCUUAUAGGCCCAUAUUAUCGAAAGCUGCAUGUGGAGAGCAAAGGAAAUAAAGAAAUCCUUGUUUUAGGAGUAUCAGCCUUCAUCUUUCUAAUGUUAACGAUUACAGAGCUUCUUGAUGUUUCAAUGGAAUUGGGGUGCUUUUUGGCUGGAGCAUUGAUUUCUUCUCAAGGUCAUAUGGUUACUGAAGAAAUUAUGUCCUAUGUUGAACCUAUACGGGACUUUUUGGCCAUCGUUUUCUUUGCAUCUAUAGGUCUCCAUGUUUUUCCCACUUUUGUAAUAUAUGAACUCACCGUUUUGAUGUUCCUUACCUUGUCAGUGGUAAUAAUGAAGUUUGUUUUGGCAGUGCUUGUCUUAUCCCUCAUUCUGCCAAAGAGCAGUCAGUACAUCAAAUGGAUUGUCUCAGCUGGCCUGGCACAAGUCAGUGAGUUUUCUUUUGUUUUGGGAAGUAGAGCACGAAGAGCAGGAAUCAUCUCGCGAGAGGUCUACCUUCUUAUAUUGAGCGUGACUACUCUAAGUCUUUUACUUGCCCCAGCAUUGUGGAAAGCUGCAAUUAUGAAGUGUUUGCCAAGACCAGAAAGACGAUUAAGCACCUGAAAACAAAAGUAUUCAUCUCAGAAUAAUACAUUACUUUGCAAAAAUAACAUAUCCCAAAUAUCUUUGCAGGAAUUUGUGAUGUACCUUCUUCUGCGCCUUACAUAUAUUUUAAAGCAGUAGAGAACUAUAUUAAAUUAUUAGUGUUUUGAUGUUUGCACAGCUUACUAAAUAUGUUUUGUCAUGUUUUAGACUCUUCCAAAAUAAUUCCUUUAGAUUCAAUUAUGCACAGUAGAAUUGCUUUGAAAGUAAUGCAUCAUGCAAAUCGCCUUGACUCUUUUGCCUGGAUGUGCCUUUUCCCCAAGUUUAUUCCCAUCUUCUCUUAUUAACUGAUCUAUUUAUUUACCUUUUUUGGUAGAAACAAAACUUAAAAAUAUUUCUUAUUUAAUGGUGCCUGUGGUACCCUGUUAAAAUAACUAAAUUUACCUGUGUAAUUUCUAGAUUUGUCAUCUGUAGGUCAAGUAUUUGUCAUUAACACAAGUGCUGUGAAAAAUGUCUUAUCUCAUGCAGAUUUUGGCAGCUUGAUUUUAAUGUUUAAAAUGCUUAAAACUUGUGUUCUAAGAUGAGGUGUUAUCUCAUAGUGCCUAUUUGCUUUUUAUUAUACCUCCUUUAAAUACUCAUUUUAAUGUUAUUGCAUUCUUUUAAAAAAAUGUGUUCGAGCUUUCAGUUGUGUAUUGACUAUACGGUAAAAAUGAUCUUUGAUCAGGGUACAAUGUUCUUGAACCUCUGUUUUUUGAAAUCUUGAUUUAUAAAUUAAAUUUUGUUGCUGAACAAAUACCUGCACACUCUUUUAUUAAUUUAAGUAAUUUAUUUACAUGUUCACAUAUUAUUCCCUAAGAGCAAAAAAAAAAACUUGCUUUUUAGAAUGUCCAAGUUCUAGCUAUGGCACAAGAAAACUUUCUUCUUUAUGUUCUAUUUUAAGAAAUCACACAUAAGAAAAUCUGAACCUACAGAUUGAUUGGUGAUACUCUUUAUUACAAGAAAAUAAUUUGCUUUACAAAACAGUUUAUCUCUUUUAAAUGGGAGCUGUCAUACUUAAAAGCCAUUAACAUCUUGGCAAAGCUAAUUGCAAAUUAGAGUGUCAAUUGUACAGCAGAAAAAAAAUUAUAAAUUUUGUUAGUAGCCAAUGCCAAUUCAAAAUUAAUCAGCAAUAGAAAUGAAAACAUCUUGUGUUAUCUUUCAACAAGAUACAUUAAAUAUAUAAGAAUUUUAAAAUUCAUUGGAAUAUAUAAUUGAAAAGUGUGUACUUCAGAAAGUGAACUGCAUCUACAUUUGUUUACAAUAAACUUGACAAACAUUCCAAAUAUUACUCCAUUGUUUGGUACCAUUUUACCCCAUUCAUGUUUCUAGUGUUAUUAAAGCAACAUGUGAGUAAUGCAAAUUGGAAACCUGGUGAGUGUCAUGCCAGUUUGAAAAGAAUACUUAAAUGAGAAAUUCUGUAAAGAAUGUCAUGUUAACACAUGUUUAAAUACAGUAUGUUAGUUACCUCCUGAAAUUUUCAUAUGCAAAAAUAUUUUAAAGGGAAGUUGAAUGAAUGAAUGAGUAAUAUGAGCCAUCGUGAUAUUUGGGAAACCUAAGAUUUUAGAAGCCUUGCAGAUAGCUAGAACUAGUAGUAAUUUAUGGCUCACCAACUUUUAAAAAUAAUACUUAUGAUUACAGCUCUGCUUUAUUUUAUGCAAUACCUGCAGUAGUAAAAAGUUGUAUACGUUUUUUAUUUUGGGAAAGUAAAGUAUUUUAAAUGUAUUAGGGACUCUUGCCCUUAAAAAAGGAAUUGUAUUCCUUUUGAAGAAUUAUUUUUAAAAGUGAAUAGCUAGUUCUAAUGUUUUUCGUAAAUCCAGAUUUGUAUAUAUUAAGUUUGCUUGUAGUUGGCCACCCUUUCCAUUUCCUCCCAGUAAAAAUAGUCUAACUCACACAGUUUUUGCAAAAGUGACAUGAUUGUUCCUUUUUUUUUUUUGGAGUUUUAGCUACAAAAUGGGAUUACAAUAUAGAAAUAUUGAAAUACUUUAAUGAUUUUACAGUAUUAAUUUUGUACAAAUCUGAAUCUGCUUUCACAACCUGUGAAAGCCAUUUUAACAUAAAUGAAAAUGUGAUGUCAGAAUCUUCAUUUUUUUAACAUUUCUUUGUGCUAUUUUAGUGCUAAUUUAUUUAAAAGUCAAAGCUUUGCAGUGACCUCUUUUUUAAUUUAUUCUAGAAUGAGUAUACUAGUAGAAUUUAGGUUUUGCUUAGACUGACAAACUUAGAUGACUCCUUUUUAGACAGCAAAUUCAAUUUUGUUUAUUAAAGCAAUUUAUUAAAAUUUUAGAGGCAUUGUUAUUUUGUCAUUAAAUAUCUUUGUGCAGAAGGGUAUAUAGAAAUAUAAGUUCAUGUGUACUGUAGGAUUUCUUGUUAAAGAAGUCUAAAAUAUGAAUACUGAGGCAAGGAUUGUUCAUAAAAUAAAUUUGUUU